CAGACUUUAGAGUUGAUCCUAGGGCUUAGGUGUAGGUAGGCAUAUGGGAUUGAGCACUGCUUGUAUAAAAGGCAGGAAAAAACUUUAUCAACUACAUACAGAUACUGAAGAGAAAGCCUUUGUUUUCAGAAUCCCAGGCAGAAUCUAAACUCCCUUUUCAGAUUCUGAAUCAACUGUCCUGUCUUCAACCUGCAAAAAAGACCAAAGGAAGAUUUGUACAGAGACAAGAGAAUCCCACCUUCUUCCUGCUUCCCUCCAAUAGAAGUGACCAAUACAGCUUCAGUGUGUGCUCUGCUGCUCUCUAGACUGAAGAGCCAUGGAUUACUAUAGAAAGUAUGCAGCUGUCAUUCUGGCCACCUUGUCUGUAUUCCUGCAUAUUCUUCACUCCUUCCCAGAUGGGGAGUUUAUCAUGCAGGGUUGUCCAGAAUGCAAGCUGAAGGAGAACAAAUACUUCUCUAAGCUAGGGGCUCCUAUUUACCAAUGCAUGGGAUGCUGUUUCUCAAGAGCAUAUCCAACUCCAGCAAGAUCGAAGAAGACCAUGCUGGUUCCGAAGAACAUUACAUCAGAGGCCACAUGCUGUGUGGCCAAAGCAUUUACAAAGGCCACAGUGAUGGGCAAUGCAAAAGUGGAGAACCAUACAGAAUGUCACUGCAGUACCUGUUAUUAUCACAAAUCUUAGCUAUUUUGCCAAGAGCUUUGUGGAUGAUUCUUGAUCUCACUCAAUGAAAAAUCAAGUUGUUCAGCUUUUAUAGUCCUGUGAGAAGUGAGAAUGUGAGAAGUCUAGUUUUCUAUUUGGACUAGCUUAGUGUGCUGCAAGAUUUUUGCUACUUGUAUUGCCUCUGUACUUUCCUUCAUAGAUGAGCAACAUUUUAGCUCCUUUCAUUUGGAAUGAAAUAUAGAAAUAUAUCAUACUCAAAAGUUGGUUCCAUUGAAAAUAAAAUGUGUAUUAAAUCAUCA